ACCUCCCCUCACUCAGCAGAGGCGAGGACGACGUUGCAGCAGAUUGGACGCUACUUCCCGCCGCCGACGACGACGCAGCAGAGAUCGACCCCUCCUCUCGCCGCCGCCGCCGACGCAGCAACCGCACGACGCCUCCUCCUUCCGCCGCAACCGAGUCUGCUUCCCGAUUCUUCUAUUAACUCCCGACAACGCAGCAAGAGGCAGUGAAUAAGAGUAAAUCCCCAAUUUAGAAAAUCAAUUAAUUUUCUUUCGGCUUCCUGGAGACCUGGAGUUCAUGCGGCUGGGACGAGGAUAUUGAGCGAGACAGCGGUGACCGACCGGCGAGGAGGCAGUGACAGGAAACUACGUGAACCCUUGAACCCAAGAUGGGAUCUUUGUCUUGAAGAAGCUAUAAACGAGAUUAGUAUUUUCAGCUUCUUUGCUACGCAGUGUAAAGGAGCUUUGGGAAGUAUAAGCGCAUCUAUCAAUUUCUUGGCUUAAACCCUACUGCUGUUCUCUUAUUCCAUCAGCCUCUGAAAAUGUUCAAGAAGUUCUCAAGUGAAGAAGUUUCUGGACAAAAUCAAGUCAAAGCAUCUGUGCAACGCAAAAUCCGGCAAAGCAUUGCCGAAGAGUACCCAGGACUUGAGCCUGUGCUUGAUGAUUUGCUUCCAAAGAAGUCUCCUCUGAUUGUUGCAAAAUGUCCAAAUCAUCUGAAUCUAGUUGUGGUGAACAAUGUACCACUAUUUUUCAAUAUACGGGAUGGACCGUAUAUGCCUACUCUGCGGCUUCUUCAUCAAUAUCCAAAUAUAAUGAAAAAACUGCAAGUUGACAGGGGUGCUAUUAAGUAUGUCCUGUCUGGUGCCAACAUAAUGUGUCCAGGCCUUACGUCUCCUGGAGGUGCUUUGGAUGUUGAAGUUGGAGCAGAGACUCCUGUUGCAAUAAUGGCUGAAGGGAAGCAACAUGCUCUCGCUAUUGGCUUUACAAAAAUGUCAGCAAAAGAUAUAAAAGCAAUCAACAAAGGAAUCGGUGUCGAUAACAUGCACUAUCUCAAUGAUGGCCUUUGGAAGAUGGAGCGAUCUGUAGAUGGGACACGUGUACGGUGUGGAAGCAAGGUGCAUGUAAGGAAAGUAAACCUCAUCAACACAGCAUACGCCAGUAUAAUCCUCUCUAAAAACCCUAGAAUACCUGAGUGCUACCAGAAUAUAGCAGGGCUAAUUCUCUCAGCCGCACGCCCCCUUCGACCCCCGGAACCUUUUCAGCGGAGCUCAACAAUGGGUAUCGAUCUCAAAGCCGGAGGUAAGAGCAAGCAGACGAAGCGCACAGCGCCCAAAUCUGACGAUGUUUACUUGAAGCUUCUCGUGAAGCUGUACCGAUUUUUGGUGCGAAGGACCGGAAGCAAGUUCAAUGCUGUGAUUCUGAAGCGUCUCUUCAUGAGCAAGACCAACAAGCCUCCGGUUUCUCUCUCCAGGCUCAUCACUUUCAUGUCUGGAAAGGAGGACAAAAUUGCUGUGUUAGUGGGCACUAUUACAGAUGAUGUUAGGGCAUAUGAAGUCCCAGCAUUGAAAGUUUGUGCACUGAGGUUCACCAAAACUGCAAGGGCAAGGAUUGAAAAGGCUGGUGGAGAAUGCCUGACAUUUGAUCAGUUGGCUCUUAGGGCUCCAUUGGGACAGAACACGGUUUUGCUGAGAGGUCCAAAGAAUGCACGUGAAGCAGUUAAACACUUUGGUCCGGCUCCUGGUGUUCCUCACAGUCACACCAAACCAUAUGUGCGUUCCAAGGGAAGAAAGUUUGAGAGGGCUAGGGGUAAAAGAAACAGCAGGGGAUACAAGGUUUAGUUUUAUAUAUCAAUAUCCGGGGACCUACCUAUACCUAUUUAUGUUUUGUAUUAUGGAAUUCAAAUUUUGCAAGACAAGUAUGAGUUUCUUGUUUCCUAUUCUGAUGUCUAGUAACGUAGGGUUCUUCCAUCUCUUCGACUAUGGAUCAUCUUAAAUUGUUGCUGAAUGCAAGAUUUGUUGAAUUGAAGUUUAGAAAUUUGAUUUUA